AUGGAUCCCGGGCCCGAGCCAGUAUUGGAAUCCAAAGUCGAUAUCCUUGAUAUUGACUGCAUUCCAAGCGCCGUUAAUAAGUUCGGGGCAGUGCAGGCUGGAAGUUUCAUCCAGCUACGCGCACAUAUGGUCGAAGCAGUCAUGUACUACGACGACCACGAUCGUGCUAGCGUAUGUAAGGAGGGCUCCAAUGCACAGAUUAUUUUCCCGGACUGCAGCAUAUCUUUCAACACGGACUCGAGCACAACUGGAACACAUGUGAAUCUCCGACGUGAUCCUUCUUCGUUCCUGGGUAAUUCGGACCAUAUUCAAGUGGACAGCGCAACCAAUAAGAAGAAUCAUGAUCCGGGCACGAGAAGAUGUGGAACAGUGUUCUAUCUAUUGCUAUUUACUGGGACAUGUCAGGAUGAAACUGGUGCUUGCAUUCUUGUUUUGGGGCAAAUCAUCGAUGGGGGCAAACUCCGCUAUCAACGGUUGGGUCUCGGCGUCACGUCACUGGAUUAUUGUUCAGGACCGCGAUAUCGCAAGGAUUGGAAGCCUUGGCAGGCCUGGGAAGCCCUCGAAGAAUGGUCAGAAUGGGAGAAGUGGUUUGCCGAUACAGAGCCGGAGGUAGUCAAAAUCGUGUAA